AUGGAAAUUCAGAGCACACAUAAUAUUAGUCAUACGACACCCUCAACACAAAGCAACAUGUUGAUGCAUGUUUCCGAAGCAUUUAUAAAGUGUUUUAAACUUUAUUCUCAUGUCAUCAAAGUCAUCGCUUCAUGCUUCCACAAUGUAUUUAAAUUUAUGAAUGAAGAGUUGAGAACUAAUUGUGUACUUAAUUCCCAUCGUGAAUUAGCUUAUGAUUUAUGCUUCAAUUUCAAGAUUACAUUGCAUAUUGAAUCGUUAAAUGUAAGCACAUUUUUAUGGAGCGUUUUGACAUGUGCUGGAUGA